AGGCUGAGGCGCCUAGGGGCGGGGUGGGAAGGAGGACCGGCCAACCCCGGGGUGUGGGACCCGGAGUGCUUGUGUGUGUGGUGUGUCCGCAAGAGAAGGAAGGUGGCGAAGGGAGGAGAACCCGAGUGGGUGGAGGGAGGGGAAGGGCGGGAGGAGAGGAAGGUGGGAGGAGGACAAGGUGGGAGGGUGGCGGCUCACUCAGGACCCGGCGGGGGCAGCGCGAUGAGGCGGGUGACCCUGUUCCUUAACGGCAGCCCCAAGAAUGGAAAGGUGGUUGCUGUAUAUGGAACUUUGUCUGAUUUGCUUUCUGUGGCCAGCAGUAAACUCGGCAUAAAAGCCACCAGUGUGUAUAAUGGGAAAGGUGGACUGAUCGAUGAUAUUGCUUUGAUCAGGGAUGAUGAUGUUUUGUUUGUGUGUGAAGGAGAGCCAUUUAUUGAUCCUCAGACCGAUUGUAAACCAGCUGAAGGAUGGUUAGGAUCCCACACAGACUGGCUAACAUUAAAUGUUGGAGGGCGGUACUUUACAACUACACGGAGCACUUUAGUGAAUAAAGAACCUGACAGUAUGCUGGCCCACAUGUUCAAGGAUAAAGGUGUCUGGGGAAAUAAGCAAGAUCAUAGAGGAGCUUUCUUAAUUGACCGAAGUCCUGAGUACUUUGAACCUAUUUUGAACUACUUGCGUCAUGGGCAGCUCAUUGUAAAUGAUGGUAUUAAUUUAUUGGGUGUGUUAGAAGAAGCCAGAUUCUUUGGUAUUGAUUCAUUGAUUGAACACCUAGAAGUGGCAAUAAAGAAUUCUCAACCACCAGAGGAUCAUUCACCAAUAUCCCGAAAGGAAUUUGUCCGGUUUCUGCUAGCAACUCCUACCAAGUCAGAAUUGCGUUGCCAGGGUUUAAACUUCAGUGGUGCUGAUCUUUCACGUUUGGACCUUCGAUACAUUAACUUCAAAAUGGCCAAUUUAAGCCGCUGCAACCUUGCUCAUGCAAAUCUCUGUUGUGCAAAUCUUGAACGAGCUGAUCUUUCUGGAUCAGUGCUUGACUGUGCAAAUCUCCAGGGAGUUAAGAUGCUCUGUUCUAAUGCAGAAGGUGCAUCCCUGAAACUGUGUAAUUUUGAGGAUCCUUCUGGUCUUAAAGCCAAUUUAGAAGGUGCUAAUCUGAAAGGUGUGGAUAUGGAAGGAAGUCAAAUGACAGGAAUUAACCUGAGAGUUGCUACUUUAAAAAACGCCAAGUUGAAGAACUGCAACCUCAGAGGAGCAACUCUGGCAGGAACUGACUUAGAGAAUUGUGAUCUGUCUGGGUGUGAUCUUCAAGAAGCCAACUUGAGAGGCUCCAAUGUGAAGGGAGCUAUAUUUGAAGAGAUGCUGACACCACUACAUAUGUCACAAAGCGUCAGAUGAGGAUUUCAGGGGCUGGAGGAAGAUGUCCUAGAUGAAAGAUGUUUUCCUUAUCACUUUUCUUUCUGUACCCACUCAGUUGUCUAGAAGAGAUAGCACUGUAAGGGAAUUUUAAAACCAUUUAGACAGUUAUGCUUGUUCUCAACGGUGCAUAAGGGAAAAAAAUUACUCUUUUUUCCACAUUCUGAUUUUAACAGAAAAGCACUCAUUUAAUAGAUGUAGGGAAAUUAGAUUGCAUUGCUGCCUUUUGAGUGGGAUAGGGAGAGUUGCCUGGUUGUAUGACCAGGAAUAAUAUCUAUUAUAUUUGCUUUUAAAUAGGCAUGAUGUGGAAAUGCCAUCUUGGUUUGAGAUGCAUUUGAGGAUUUUAAUUUAUGAAAAGCACAACAUAUGCAAUUAUAUUUAUUGAAUACCUAGAUGCAGUAUGGAUAUUUAAAUUGUUAAAUUUUAUGAAAACUUUGAAAAGGUUGUUCAGGUUUAUAAAUAGCUUUAGUGAUGCCUCCCUCUUUAAAUACCUGUCACAUCAUAUGAAUAUGGUGAGAUCAGAUUCCCUAAGGCUCUCUUUUCAGGUUCAUUUUUAUGAUGUUUACUUUUAGAACAAAAUAGUAGCUAAUUUAAAGGAAUAUUCCAUUCUUACUGGUUAAGACAGAGUGGAAGGAAAGAUACCAUUGUACAUCAUUAACAUUCUGAAAGUAUAUUGGAACACCCCAGAUGAAGGAAGAAUUUACCAAUAGCCUCAGCUUUUAAAUAAGCAUUCCUUAGAAUUUCAUUCUAGACAAGUUCCACUCAACACCAGACCAGGCAAUUCUAUUUACACUACUAGUCUAGUUUUUUUUCAUGUACAAUCAACAGAAUCAUAGGAAGAAGAUACUUCAAAAACCAAAAAACCAAGGUGCAUCAUUAAUAUUCAUUUAAUUCAAAUACAAAAUAGACAGGAUCAGCUUAGAAAUAUACUGCAAUCAAGAAUACUGCAGCCAAAGCUAUAAAAUAUGAGUGAGUAUUGCAGGGACACGUUUUAGAAGGCAAAAGGCUUAAGCCAGCAUGGGGAAUGCAGUAUUCUUAACUAUCAGUUACAUAAUAGCUGCCCCCAAAAUUUAAUAAGUAAAAAUAAAGGCAUUUGGCUGGUCCAUGAUAUAAUUCUAGUCACUCCAGUGAGCAUCUGUGGUUCUUUUACUUAUAUUUUCUUAUUUUUUGUUUGUUUUUAACAAAUUUUAGUCCAUUUUUCUUGAAUCGUUCUCUCUGCAGCAACAGAGAUUGGGACAGUCCUUGCCCAUCAAUAACCCUGUGUCCAUAGGUCUAGCCCAGGAAUAGGAAUAUAAGCUGU